AAAUUGUGUCAUGAUCGUGCUGUCCUAAAUAUAGAAUUAAAAGGAAAUCAGCUGGAUAGUUCAGCUAAAAAAAAAAAAUCAGUAACUUUUUAAUUUUGAAUCUUGUGGAUAUGACAUUGUAAAAUAUGUCUAUACCCGGUCACGUCCUCAUCGGAGGGGGCAGUGGGUUUAUCGGUUCAGCACUGCGCCAUGUACUCAAGAGCAAAGGCUACGAUAUCACCGUUAUUUCCAGAAUGCCCGGACCAAGAAGGGUGACAUGGUUUGAUAUUUGUAAUUCUGGGCUUCCUUCCGGUGUGACCGUAGUUGUGAACCUCGCCGGGCAGAACGUCCUCGACCCGACUCAGCGUUGGACCCCGGGGUUCAAACAGAAUGUUUGGAACAGUCGUAUCAAUACAAACUUAACAUUGGCGCAAGCUAUAAACAAGGCUGAAGUCAAGCCGAAAGUUUUUGCCAAGAUUUCUGGUGUAGGGAUUUACAAGCCUGAUCAGGAGUUGAUUUAUGAUGAAACUUCGUCGGUAGGCCCUAGUUUUGACUUUUUAAGCAAGCUCGCCGUCGAGUGGGAAAAAGCUGGUGAAUUAUCACCCGAUUUGGGUGUGCGAAGUGUCACAAUACGCUCAGGCGUUGUCCUAGGGAGGCAUGGUGGCAUGAUAAAGCAGCUUCUCCUACCUUUUUUCUUCUGCCUGGGUGGUCCAAUCGGAUCUGGCAAACAGCCAAUGCCUUGGAUUCACAUAAAAGAUCUUUGUAACAUGUUCGUUUUUGCCAUUGAGAACGAUGAAGUUAGCGGUGUACUCAACGGCGUAGCACCUCAGGUUGUAACGAACGAGGAUUUCACGCAUGCCAUGUCGAAAGCGUUGCAAAGACCAGCGGUCUUCCGCGUGCCCGAGGCCGUCCUGAAUUUCCUGUUCAGUGCUGAAAGGGCCAAGAUCAUGACAAGCGGUCAAAAGGUCAGCCCAAAGAGAGUGCAGAAGUUUGGCUUCACUUAUGAAUACCCUAACAUCAACGACGCCGUCCAAUCUGUCACACGAUUGCUGCAUAAUAAAAAAGAACCUUUUUAAUAUUAAAAAAAACUCAAUGUAAAUACCAUGUAUAUUAGCUAUUAAUUGUACUAUAAACAAAGUAUUUAUUGAA